UAAACUCAUUUUAAUUAUUUUACUUAUAUUACCUAUUAUUGCACUACUUAGGAGUGUGGAUAAUAAAUAUCUUUAAUUCUAAUUUUUAUUAUUAAAAUUAAAUUAAUAAUUGUAUUUAUCGUUCGAUUUUCCCUUCUAUUAAUAGUAUGCAUUCAAAUGUUUGAUAUUUUUACAUCGCUAUAUUCGUGCUUUCAGAACGCGUGAUCCGUCACUUUCCGAACUUCCUUGAAAACGGUGUUUCGGUGAAAAUUAUAGGUUCUUAGGAAAUAAAAUUCGCGAUUAGGCAAAAUUACAUGUUAUGGAAAAUUGCGAAGAAAAAAGUUUUAGUGAAUUAUUUGAGUUUACGUACAAGGUGCUGUGCCGCGAGAAAAACGUGCAACCUUUGCCCACGGUACAAAUGUAUUUGCAAAAGAACUGCCUGCGAUUUUGUGCCGAUAAUGUAAAUUUGAAAGACUGGUCGCCUCUGUUGGACAGCAUAAUGCAAGAUCGAAGUCUGUCCAAAAUUUAUGUGUUUAGUCGAUGUUGCCAUAAAAAGAUUAGAGAGAAAAUAGACACUGAGAAAAAACUUAUGAAAUUACGGAGAUGCGCGCGAAAGGAUCGACGGCACCCGGUCUUGUACACCAAUCGUCUGCUACGGUGCUUCGUUCAUUCCGUCGCGGUCUGCCUGAAGAACUCGCUGAUGCUCACCAGCCUCACGCUCGAUGAUAUCCCUCUGGCACCCAAGUAUCUGAGGAUCCUUGCUGACGGCUUGGCAAAUAAUCGUAAUCUGCGAAGCUUGUCGUUGGCCAGAUGUCGAAUAGGCGAUGCAGGAUGCUAUAUAUUGCUGGAAAGUUUGCAGUGUAAUUCGAGUCUUCAUGUCCUGAAUCUGUCGUCAUGCGGCCUCACUAAUAGAAGCGCUACGUGUCUGUCAUUGUACUUCAAAGGGAGAAAAGCAGACUUGUUGCAAAGUGUUUGGGAGGAGUCAAUAUUAUCUCGAGACAAGAGCACGACGAUGGAGGAAGGAUUGCAAGCACUAAUACUUGACAGAAAUCACCGGUUUGGCGACAUCGGCUUGAGGCAAUUGACACGUAUGCUGAAAAAUGACUUUUGGCUGAAGACGCUGUGCCUACGAUGUUGCGGAAUUACUCAGCGAGGAGGAGAAAUUGUAUUGGAGUUUUUGGAAACGAACAGCGUGCUCACGCAGAUUGAUCUCAGGGAUAAUGAAGUGUCGACCGACGUACUGCAAAUUAUUCGCAAGUUUUUAAAAAAGAGAAAGAGCAAAGGGGAGAGAAUAUCGAUGAGGAAAAGAUUGCUGAGCCACAAGCAUAUCCUUAAACAAGAUACUAUUUCACAGGACAGAUCUUCUCAGCAUAUAAAGAAAGAGAGCGAAUUUCUCAAAACUGAAACUGAUACUCCAAUAAAAAUGCAAAAAGACUGCAUUUUACAAACACAGCAAACUAGGCGUUUACGAAAGACAAGAAGAAAUGGUGGUAGGAAAUGUAGAUUGAACAGUGCAGCAAAAAGAAGUCACAUCAACUGGACCAACGCGGACGAAUUAAAAAAUCAUCUGUCUCUCAUGAUCGAGCACAAUCGGAACUUGAUUAGAGACUUGGAGACCAGCACAAAUUUUCUUAUGAAGGAAAAAGAUCGGCGUUUGAGUGCCGAGAAAGCGUAUCACAAAAUGCAACCCCGAUUGAGAAUUUUGAAAAAUAAAAUCACCAUGCAAAAUUCUAUUCAGUCGAAUAUGCGCUACGAAAAUCAAAUUUACGUGAACCUACAUAACGUGUUCAACGACUUGAAAAUAUCUACAAACGGGAAAAUAUUAAAAAUUGACGGAAAAAAUCUUAACGAAAUAACUAGCGAAAAUAAAAUUAAAUUUAAUGCUUGUUUUGAUAAAAAUCAACCGUUUAAAAAGAAACUGCUGAAAUUUUUCCACAAAAUACCAAAUUGUCCUAAAUUGUGUCAUUAAUAAUUUCAGAUCAUCUUGUACAAUAGUGUUAAUUAUGUAGUGUUAAUUAUAUGAGAAUACAAUAUUGUAUGCAAGUAAAAUUGUAUGAAUGAAUAAAUCAAUUAAUCUUUAUAA